UCUCACUCAACAAAAUCAACUCCAUUUUCUUUGCUGUAUGCCAAUGAAACCUAAUGAAGAUGGCUUUCUUAUGCAUCCUUGAGUAAACUAUAAAUUCAGGAGCCUCUGGAUGACGAUUACAUCACCAAGGUGUUAACUUGUGUGUAGAAUCUUUGUAUUGCAUGUCAGAAGCUUGCUCACGCUUGUCUCAGCUAUUGUCAGGUGCACUGGUUUCUGCAAUCUGAGAACAAGGUGGCUGUUGUGAAUGUCUUCUGAAAUAUUUCCUUCAGCAGAGCAACUGUCUGGGCUGUCCCAUACUGGGACACUGUGGAUGUGUCUCUUUACACCGUGGAGAAUAGACAGUGACAGCUGCCUCUGGCCAUCAACUUUGUCUUUAAUUGUGAGUUGGAAAUUUUUCCAGCUAUUUUUAAAAACAGGUUUUUUGUUUUGUUUUGUUUUGUUUGUCUUGUUUUUGAGAAGGUACUUGCAUGAUGAGGAUUUUCAUAGCCUUUGAAGGAUCUUUUGAGGCAUUUGAAGUUUCAGCACACGAAUCUGUGGAAGCCAUCAAACAGAUGGUAAAGGAUUACUUCCACAUUCCUCUUUCUGAAGACAAACAAGGCAGGUGUUAUCUAGAGCUGAUGUACGCUGGAGCUGCCCUAAGGAACAGUUGGAGACUGUCGGAUGUGGGAAUAUCUUUCUGUUCAACUCUCAAAUGCUGUGUUAAGAAAGAAGACAAACCAACUCUCUGCGUGUUCAAUGCUGUGACCCAGGAGAUGAUGCCAAUAAUGGAGGCCAUGUCUAUCCUGGAGAAGAAGGUGUCUGACCUGAGGAUGCUGGUAACUCAGAGAUGUGGCUUCCCCGUGAGUGUCUACUGUCUCCGGACACCAAAGGGACAGGAGAUGUAUGACUGCAACACCCUCAGGGACUACCACACUGAUAUCGGUACAACACUUCGUUUGGAUGUCUGGGAUGGAUGGAAGGAAUUUCUCAUGGGAUGUCUUCUUGGGCAGAAACUUAAAGUCCAACGCUACUUAUCAAAAGAAGGACCAGUACUCAAGUACCAGAAAAGGGUAGCCCUGUACGUCGCUGCUUUUCACGGACACACCGAACUCACGGAAUGGGCUCUGAAGCAGGGUGCGCAGCCCCACGAAGCGGUUGGUGUUCACCCUUACCGAGCGUGGUGCCAUGAAGCCCUUCACACAGAUGUCUCUAAUUGCCCUAUUCAUGCAGCUGCAGAAGCUGGCCAACUGUUAAUUCUGAAGGCCUUUGUCAACUGCAACGUCCUGUGCCUGGAAUGUAAAAACGCAGCAGGACAAACGCCGCUGGCCAUUGCCACCAAACACCAGCAUAAAGACUGUGUAUUGUAUUUACUGAGCAAAACGUGGUCCACGGUUUCCUUUCUAAAGCUUUCCAUCUCGAUGAGGAUUUAUAUUAAAAUAAAGCAGUGGAUCCUCCGAGCUCAGAGUCACGGGUGCCAUAAAAGCCAGCUUGGAAGAACAAAGGUCUCUGGGGCAAAAGUUGGAGACACUGUGGUGGUGGAUGGCUUCACUCAACCGAAAAUGACCUCCAAGAGCUGGUCAAAGGCUGGAGACAAGAACUGGCAAAGCACCCAGAGCAAACUACCACCCUGCAUGCAACAGUCAGGCAGGGAGCCUGUCGAUUCUUUAUCAAUUUCACAACAGGGCACCAGAAAACAAAUCCUCACAUUUCCAUUGUUAAUGGAUACAAACACGUUUUCAGAACUACAAAGUAAUCAACAAGAAAACCAGAAAAAAGACUGUGCCCCAGCUAGGAUUAAAGAAAAGCACAUAAAAAAUAAGUAUCUUCCCCAGGUCCCCCUCCCUCCGGUUUCAAGAGUGAACUAUUCACACCCCCAGUUCUACUGCACUCCACCCAGUGAUGACCGUUUGGUGCGGUCCUUCUUCAGGUCUUUCUCAGAGUACAGUGGGAGGACCCCGAGAGAGAAUGCCAUCUACUGCUUGGCUGUGGCAAGUGCCUUUAAAGAGAAGCGAUGGCUUCAGCAGUUAGGAAUAGCAAGAGUCCUAGCCAAAAGGAGCAUUGCUAACCUGACUAUCCAAGGAGGUCCAGCAAAAUGUGAAAAUCCUCCAGAAAUUAUACUUUGAAAAGUCAAUGGCCGCCCUGGUUUGAACAGAGAUAUGGUCAAAGAGAAUCUCCAGUUCUAUGUCAACAUAUUUAAUAACAGUUCUAAUGCUACACAAGUCCAAUGGGAUGUUGAAUGUUUAACAGGAGGCUUUCAUGGACACUGCACUGCUCAACCUUCUCUAGAGGAGCAGAACCCAUAGGAUGAAUACGUAUUAAAAUUGUUUAUUGGAUUAGCUUAUAUGAUGAUGUUUAGAUAAUCCAACAACAGCUGCCUUCACACUGGAGAACCUGGUACCUGCUCAACCCAAGAGGCCAGAUGGUCCCACAAUUCCAACCUGGUGCCAAAUGCAUGAAGGAUUCCUGGUCCUUCCUCCACAUCAGUAGCCAGAAGAAGGUGGAUUUUCCUGUCAGGGAAGAACCGCAGAAGCAACAAUGGUAAAACUGAGGCACAAAGGCAAGCAGGCAAGAAGCAAAGCUUUUCCCUGGGAUCUCGUUACAUAUGGCUGCUGCGGUGGUUUGAAAAGAAGCCUCCCCACCCACCCCACCCCCCGCCGGCUCAUAUAUUUGAAUGCUUGGGAGGUGUUAUUGUUGUUUGUUUAUUUUGUUUGUUUUGUUUUGAGGAUGUGUGUUACUGGGGGUGGAUUUUGAGACUUUAAAGCCCAUGCCAGGUCCAAUCUCUCUCUCUGCCCAUGGAUCAGAAUGUAGCUCUCAGCUACUGCUCCAGCACCUGACAUGCUCUCCACUAUCAUGAUAAUGGACUAAACCUCUGAAACUGUAAGCCAGUUCCCAACUAAAUGCUUUCCUUUAUAAGAGCUGCCUUGAUCAUGGUGUCUCUUCACAGCAACAGGAUCAUCCCUAAGAGAGCUGCCAUUAGAAGAUGCCAUUUAAGGUGUAUCUACUCACUUUUAAAUAACCCAGUAAGAAGGCCCUUGACACACAUUCUUAGGAGCUAACCUUUAUCCUUAUAUCCCCUCACAGCUGUGCCCUGGAGGCUUAUCUCUUAGUCAAUUCUAGAUCCAGUCAGGUGCACAUCCAAGGUUAACCAUUAAGGAUACAGGCAUCCAAAUGGCACUUAAACCCUUAAAGAACACUGCUGUCUUCUGAUGACAAAAUUUGUAAACCCCCCCACACACACCCCAGAGUCUCAAAAAAAGAACUUAUAGUAAAAACAGACAGACAUAAGGACAUAAGGUGACAGCAGAAGUUGCCUGUGGGUUAGGAAACUAAGGCAGAUGUAAGAAUGGGAGUUUAGAAUUAUUAUUGUGUUUUUUACCUUUGUUUUUUUUUUCUGGGUUUGUUUUAAUGUCCUGGAGUUUGAAAGUCAAGUAAAUGAAGAAAUAGCAAUAUAACUUUUAAAUUACAUUUUUAUUUUUAUAUUAAUUACGGUUUAUUCACUUUGUAUCCCAGCUGUAGCUCCCUCCCUCAUCCUCCCAUUUCCCUCUCCAGGUCCACUGAUAGGGGAGGUCCUCCUCCCCUUCCAUCUGACCCUAGCCUAUCAGGUCUCAUCAGAACUGGCUGCAUUGGCAAGAUAACUUUUAAAUAAAAUUCUGCAUGUAAAAAGGUCAUGAGAAAGUUACCAAAAGCUCCUAAGUUCAGACAUUAUUUGAACUUCUGCUGGAGCUUCUCUUGCUAUUAUUUUUUUCAAACUGAUGUUUGAAAAAAGCUUACAUACAAUGGACCACAUGGAUGUUACAUGGCCCUGUAGUGGAUUUAACAAGCAUGUGUCUGGGAUGCUCCAGGGGCAUAAUCCGUUAGUGUUAGUGCGAGGUACUUAGAGAACAAGCAAAUGUCUGUGUAAGGAGCACCCAGUCAACAUGUAAACAGCUUAGUUACCCCUAGCAAGUUUGUUCAAGGUGUUGAAUAAAUCUCAACCUUAAAGAACAAUGCUCUUCUGAUAUCAGUUUAUACACAGCAAAGCAUUUGGAGAUCUGCUCUUUUAUGAUUCUUUCCAUUGCUGCAUUUAUCAAUGGCACUUUCUGUUUGGCCUUAGUUGUUUUUAUGAGACAUGGUUUAAUAUGCAGUCCUGGCUGGCCUGGAACAAAUUUAGUAGUCCAAAUUAGUAUAAAACCUGUUGCAAUCCUCCUGCCUCAGCCUCCCAAGUGCUAGAAAUUACAGGCAUGAGCCCACAUGACACCCAGUAUUAGGUUUUUAAAAAUUAUUUCCUGAGUAGUUAGGAUUUUGUUUAUGGGUGUAUUAUAAUAGCUAUUGAAAUGCAUCGAGAUUUAGA